UCUGCUUAUUUUAGUUUUUGACGCAUACGUUUACUCGUUAAUCAUUUGUAUUUUGCAAAAAACGCGGAUCAAAUAUUCACAUCGUAUAUUUUUCUAUUUUUGCAAAUUUAAUAAAUAUAUUCUGUUUAUCUCCUAACACAAUACAAACCAUACUCACAAGCAAUAAAAAUGGCUGCUGCACUGGCCGGCGUAUUUCCUAAUAGUCUUCAGGAAAAAAUUCUGCAAAGUAAAAUCCUAGUUGUUGGAGCUGGUGGAAUUGGUUGUGAGAUUUUAAAGAAUUUAGUUUUAUCUGGAUUUCCAGAUAUUGAAAUUAUCGACUUGGACACAAUCGAUUUGAGUAAUCUUAACCGGCAAUUCCUUUUCCAUAAAGAACACGUUGGCAAGUCCAAAGCCGAGGUAGCCAAGGAGAGUGCUUUGAAGUUUAAUCCCACCGUUAAGAUCAAGUCGUACCAUGACAGUAUUUUCAACACCGAUUAUGGAGUGAAUUUCUUCAAGAAAUUCAACGUCGUCCUGAAUGCUCUGGACAACAGACAAGCUCGCAACCAUGUCAAUCGUAUGUGCUUGAAUGCAGAAGUUCCUUUGAUUGAGAGUGGAACUGCGGGCUACAACGGACAAGUAGAACUGAUCAAAAAAGGAGCAACUCAGUGCUAUGAAUGUACUCCAAAGGCCACUCAAAAGACGUUUCCAGGGUGCACAAUCCGGAAUACACCCUCGGAGCCUAUCCACUGCAUUGUUUGGGCUAAACAUCUCUUCAACCAACUUUUUGGUGAGACAGCUGACGAUGAAGACAUAUCACCGGAUGUAGCAGACCCAGAAGCUGGUGGAGAAGAGGCUAACCCCGAUGAAGGUGAUGUCAAGCGUGUAAAUACCCGUCAAUGGGCUGAAGACACAGGCUACGAUGCUGAGACACUCUUCAAUAAAUUCUUCUUUGACGAUAUCAACUAUCUUCUAUCCAUGUCGAAUCUUUGGAAGACACGCAAACCGCCAACACCCCUAAAGUGGGACAGUGUCCUGCUCGAUGAGGUAAAAAAUGCCGAAAACAAGGACUUCCUUAAGCAGUACCACAAAGUUUGGUCAUUUGCCGAAUGCGCUGCAGUCUUUGGAGACUGCAUUCAAAAACUAAAAAUUGAGCUCGGCAAGUCGCCGGACAAUGAAAAGCUCGUUUGGGACAAGGACGAUCAGCCAGCAAUGGAUUUUGUUGCAGCAUGCGCCAACAUCCGGGCAUACAUAUUCGAAAUAGCUCAGAAGUCUCGAUUUGAGAUUAAAUCGAUGGCCGGAAACAUCAUUCCAGCAAUUGCCACAACUAAUGCCAUCACAGCUGGUGUUGUAGUCCUUCAUACAUUCCGAGCUUUGCAAGACGAGUUCGAAAAAUGCAAAUCGGUGUACAUGCGUUUGCGCCCGAAUCCACGCAAUCAGCUGUUGGUGCCCGAGAAGUUCCUGACCCCGCCGAACCCCAAGUGCUAUGUAUGCUCCUCUGACCCGGCUAUCCAUCUUAAAGUCGACACAAACAAGAUUAAGAUCAAGGAUUUGCGUGAUGAUAUUUUGAUCAAAUCUUUGGGAAUGGUGAAUCCAGAUGUGAUCAUAGACACAAAGGGAGUUAUAGUGAUUUCAUCGGAGGAAGGAGAGACCGAGGGCAACGAUGAAAAGACCAUGAACGAGAUGGCCAUUGUUGAUGGGGCUCUGUUGAAGGUCGACGAUUUCUUCCAGAAUUACGAGUUGAGUAUUAUUGUCAUGCACAUGGAUGCGGAGCGAGAAGGACCACUCUUUGAAGUGAUUGCCGAUGAAAGCCAACUCAAACCACAAGAUGAAGCAGCUCCAGAGAAAACCAAUGGAACGAAACGUAGUGUUGACGACGAUGCCGACGAUGGCCCGUCAACGUCGAAGAAGAGUCGCAUUGAAGUGGUCGAUGAAGACGAUGAUUUGUGUUUGAUUGAAGACGAUGAUGAUGAUAUGGUCAUUACCGAGGAAAAGGACAAUAAAACAAAAGAUUCAUCUGUUCCUGCUGCCGAAGAAAGUAACAACAAAGCAAAAGAACCAACUGCCACUCCUUCUCCUGCUAAAAAUAAUUCCCCUCAAAAGAAGGCAUCCGCUUCACCGAGUCCUGCUAAAUCAUCUUCAGCUGCAAUUAAGCGAAAACCAGCUGAGAACGAUGAAGACUCCAAUGAUGGUCCAUCAAAUACAAAACGUACCAAGCCAGAUGCUAAUGAUGACGAUGACAUUACCAUAAUUGAUUGAAAUACAUAAUUUAUCCUAAAUUUAACUUACUACAACAAAAAAAUAAUUAUUGCGUGUCCUUGUAAAUGUGAAAUACUUUUUUCUAAUAAAUUAAAAAUGAAAAAAUUGGAUACAAUCUCAAU